CGGGUUCACCAUCGAGCGUCAGACCAUUGCCGACUUCAGGCACAAUGCAGCCCCCCUCCCAUGCUGGGGGUGCUGGUGCUGACACAUGCAGAUUGGAUGCUGGCAACGGGGGGCUGGCAUAUGUGCGAUAUGAGGGUGGUGAUGUUGGGGGUCUUGAGACAGUCGAGGCAGAGUCACGAGCUGAGAGCUCCGACGAUGGCGAGAAGUGUGAAGCCGCAGAGGCUAUUGUACACGGACGCUGUAUUUGGCAUAUGCGCGGCUGGCACAGAUGGCGGGAUUCAUGGAGGGGAGGAGGAGAUGGUGGACAAGGGCAGUGCGCCUUUGGAUGAUGACGCAACACAUGUUGAGGAGGAGGGAGCAACGGUCCACGCAGGCCACAAUGCUCCGUCGGUGCGAGAUGGCGAGACCGAAGGGCAUGUUGAGGAGGAGGGAGCGACCGUCGAUAUGUCCCUCGCGAUUAUUGUUAGGCCCCCGUCUGUGCGAGAUGUCGAGACAGGAGGGCAUGUUGACUGUUGACUCGGGACGCCCGGUCUCUUUCUUUGCAGGUGGGUACUCCGGGGAGAUGCCUCGGUGGGAUGGCAGGGAACCAGGGGAGUGGACACCGACCCCUUUACAUCUAGAGCAGCUGGAGAGGUUGGGGACGGAGGACACUUUCCCGUUCACCGGUGGACAGCCGUCGCCUCCGGCAUGGACACCAGUGAGCCCUAGGUGGACUGGAUUAUCGCUGUCUGACAUCCGCGAGCGGGAGUCCUUGGACAGACAGGUGACAGUGUUUUCAGGCGGGGUUGCCAGCAGCCAUGUGAAGACACCGCUACGCCCUUUACCUCGA